CCAAACCCGCAGCUCUCAGGAGCCGGGCCGGGAUGAGAGGGAAGAGGAGGCGGAGUGAAGGCGAGGCCGCCCGUCCCCACCAUGGCUGCGGGGCCACACGGGGCAGGGCAGGUGCCACACGGGGCAGGGCAGGUGCGAGGCCCGGAGCAGACGGAGGCUGCUGGGGCCCGACCUACGGGAUCUGCUCUGCCUUAGGGGCGGCUCUCUGCGGGGAUGCACGGCGGGGCAGGGGGCGACGAGGGCAUCCUUCCCUUACCUUCCUUUAUUUCCCUUCCCUUUUCCCUCUUUCCUUUUCCCUUCUCUCUUUUCUCUUCCCUUCUCCCUCCCCUCUUCUCUUCCCUUCCCUUCUCCCUUCCCUUCUCCCUAAAGCAAGGGCCGGGAAGGGGAGGCGGUGCGGGUCGUGCCAAGCCUCCCCAAUGGUCUGUGCCGCUCAGGCCGUUUCUCUGCCGCUGCGCAGGAGUCCCUGCGAUUAUAAAUCACCUGCCGCUGUCCGCAGCGGGAAAGCGGAUAAUCCCAUCCCGCCAUUUACCGGGCCAGCAGCGAGCAGGUGAGGCGGGGGCAGCGGCAGAGGGUGGGCGCCCUGGGCCCGGGCCGUGACUCUGGCCCUUCCCGCCUGUCCCACCCCCCGCAGGAUGCCCGUAACAGAUCAAGCCUUUGUGACCCUUGCUACCAAUGAUGUGUAUUGUCAAGGUGCUCUGGUUCUUGGACAAUCCUUGAGGAACCAUACAACUUCUAGAAAAUUGGCAGUGCUAAUUACACCAGAGGUUUCCAGUGGGAUGAGGUCUGUCCUCCACAGUGUGUUUGAUGAAGUAACCGAGGUGGAUGUGCUUGACAGUGCUGGCUCAGCCCAUUUGGCUCUGAUGCAGAGGCCGGAACUGGGCAUAACCUUCACUAAGCUUCACUGUUGGACUCUUACUCAUUAUAGCAAAUGUGUCUUCAUGGAUGCAGACACUUUGGUGCUUUGCAAUGUUGAUGAACUGUUUGAUCGAGAAGAGUUUUCAGCAGCUCCUGAUUCUGGCUGGCCUGACUGCUUUAAUAGUGGUGUUUUUGUGUUCCGACCUUCUUUAAAAACUUACAACCUACUGCUCCAGUUUGCUGCUGAGCAUGGCAGCUUUGAUGGAGAGAGAAAUACAGCUGAUCUUCAGGCUUCUGCUCUGAGGGAGACCCAACCCUUUCCCACUCCUUUCUUCAUAUAUUACAAUAGAACUCCAUUUACACUGAAUUUGCAUCGGAGUGGAUCAGGAGGUGAUCAAGGCUUGUUGAAUAGCUUCUUCAGCAACUGGGCAACAGCAGAUAUUGGCAAACACUUGCCUUUCCUCUAUAAUUUAAGCAGCAGUGCUGUAUACACCUACAGUCCUGCUUUUAACCAUUUUGGUAGAGAUGCCAAAGUUGUUCACUUCCUUGGAGAGACAAAGCCCUGGAACUACAAAUAUAAUCUUCAAACAAAGAGAGUUAUUCAGGAUGGCACCAUCUCUGGGUCUGUUCAUCAGCUGUCAUUUCUUGCUCUCUGGUGGAAUAUAUACAGUGCCAGUAUAUUGCCUUUGAUAGAAAAACUUCAGAAGAUGGAAGAAUCAGAAUCUGAGGAAUACAAGCAUACUUUCAACAGAGUUGAAAUUACACUGAAAAAGGUCAGUCCUUCUGUGCCCCCUUUGCUGCAAGUUCCUGUGCUUCCAGAACAGACAAAUGAAAAAAAUCCCACAGUGUGUUCACCUGAGGAACUUGCUUUUAAAGCUCAACCUGUAUGUGAAGCUGAACUAAGUGGUUCUACUGCCCAUCUCUCUGAGCCUGACAGACCUUCAGAACAACUUGUAUUUCACCCUGCGUUACAGGAAACCUCAGAACUGGAUGAAGUUGCACGUUCUGUUUCAGAGCUGUCAAUUUGCUUCAAACCAGAAGAACCAAAUCCAGAAGAUGAACGGAGAAAAUGGGAGGAAGGUCGUAUGGACUAUAUGGGGAAAGAUGCUUUUGAGCAUAUAAAAAAGAAAUUGGAUGCAUUCUUACAUUAAGACAGAGUCUACUGUAAGGGCUAUCAUGAUCUAUGUUUCUUCUAUAAAUGAAGUCCUUGAAUACUUGGCUAUCUACCUAGUUUGAAACCAAAGCUAAAGACAUAGAUAUGAAUCCUCACAGAUUUUGGGGAAGACUAACAGAUAUAGACUCUUGUUUUACAAUAUUUAAAUGUGCCUCAUCUUUAUUAUGUGUGUGUCUCAUCUUCUUUGUGUGUCUCAUCUUCAUUGCUAUGUCUUACCUUCAUUGUUCUCCCACAGUGCCUUCUGAAGUACAAUGAAUGAAACCUUUGAAUGAAACUCAUUUUUAUCACUCUAUCCUGCUUCUCCCUUUAGCAUUCUGCAGAAACAGUCACGAAUGUGAAAGAUAUUGGAAGUUGAGAUUAUUUCAAAAGUACUUUUAAAAGAUGCUAUAAAACUAUUUGAAUGAAAACCUUGUUCUUGAAACCAUAGUAAGUCUUUCAAGGGUGACCCUAAUGUGGACUUCAAUAUGAGAAAAAAGUGAGGAGAUGAAAUUCUGGCCCCAUUAGAC